GUUGGGGUUUUGGUUUCCACAAUGAAGUCCUCCCCUUUCCACACUAGAUUCCACGUCGUUUCGCUUCUAUUCUACCCCGCAUUUAUUUGCGAUAAUCUUUAACCCCCCGAUUCCCCCAUCAUUUUUUCACAUAAGAUAAAACCCAACCUCUCAAUGCCACCCUUUUUUGAGACCUAAUUUGGGGAAAAUGGGGAGGAGGAAGCUCGAGAUCAAGCGAAUCGAGGAUAAGAGCUCGCGCCAGGUCACCUUCUCCAAGCGCCGGAAUGGAUUGUUUAAAAAGGCCAAGGAGCUAUCGGUGCUCUGCGACCUCGACAUCGGCGUCAUUAUCUACUCUUGCCGGGGGAAGCCUUACCACUUCUGCAGCACCAACAGCUUGACUGAGAUUGUUCAACGGUAUAAUAAUCGGGCUGAGACAGAAGCAGGUCCCUCCAAUCAAGUUGGUGAGUCACAGGCUCAAUAUUCAAAAUACUCACGUUUCCUCAAAUGUCAAGAGCUUCUUCAAAUUGUGGAAAGGGAGCUCGACAAGCCAUGCGUUGAUGACCUCAGCGUCACCGACUUUGUACAUCUGGAGAAACAGUUUGAAACUGCACUACUACAGACCCGAGCAACUAAGACAAAUUUGCUUCUGGAGUCUUUAUCUAGCCUUCACGGAAAGGAGAAGCUGCUGGAGGAAGAGAAUAAAAUGCUGCAGGAGAAGAUUUCUGUGAGCAAGACGAAGACGCCGCCGGCCUUUGAUCUGAAUGCGUUGCCGGGGGGCGAAAAUGAGUGAUUAGCUCUGGCUCUCAGAAUGUAGCAAUUCAAAAUACUCGUCCAACAAGACAUGAAGUCAUUCAUGUACCAAUUCUUGUGUGCAAUACUAUUCAUCAUAUAUCAUCAUACUACAAUAAACACAAUAUAUAUUUAUCUUGCUCGUUUAUCACAUUCUGAAAGCCACAGCAAAUCAAACAUUUUCCUUCAUAAGCA